UUAUUAGUCGUUUAGUUAGGUUGAAAAGUUAUCAAAAAAAUAUUCUCAUUGCAUCAUUUUUUUAGGUCGGAGCAUAGAGAGAAUGGAAGAUCUGAAAGUAAUACUGAGUGAAGCAUUUGGGGAACCAUCAGACAGCGAUCCGGAAGAUGAACUCAGCGAAUGGAAAAUUUCAAGCAUGGGAGGAGGAGGAUCGAUCUUCUUUGGUUCGAAUUGGUCAUGGGAAAGGAUCACUGAGGUGAAUGGCCUGUGGGUUUGCAACGAUUUUCUCUCCCUUGACCAGCAAUCUUCAUUGCUCUCAGCCAUACAAGCAGGUAAUCCUUUUGAUGCGCUCAAUUUUGAAUGAACUCAUCAAAAAUCUCAUUAUUUAUCUCGUGCUGCUGCAGAAGGAUGGUUCACCGAGGAAUCACAUAACCAGGCUAUGAGGUUUGGAAACCUUCCAGAGUGGGCAGUUGAACUUUCCAACUCAAUCCGUCAAGCCAUUCUUUUUUGUGGUGGUAGUGAUUCUUGUGUUCCUGAUGUGCCCUUAACAACAAACAGUGGGAAUGACAAAGAAUUGAUUAGUCUCUUUCCUCCGGAUUUAUUAUGGAGGGAGCCUUUGUUUGAUCAGCUUAUUGCAAAUGUAUACCAACCAGGUGAGGUGAGACUGGCCCUACAAACAUGCCUUUGUUUUCUGGCAUAUUAAAUCUUGUAAGUAAGUUGUUUUCACUUUUCAUGUGAAUAAUAGACACGAGUUAUGUUUUCCCUCGUUACCGGAGCAUCUUUAUCACUCCACUGUCUUAAGAGUUUUUUCUACUUGUAGUCUUUUAAAUGGGUGGUUGAAGUCUUCUAAAUGGGUCUUAUUGAUAUUCUUGGUGCAUGACUUUGAUUUUUUUUCACUUUUAGUUUUCUUGGUAUUGUGAUAAUGUCACUUUUGCUUCUCGAACUAUUGUGAUAGUGACACCUUUGUCUGCAACUAUUGUGGCGAAGUUCAAAGACGAGUAACCAAAAUGUACAAAUAGUAAGAGGACUAAAAGGGGGAAAGUUCAAAGGUCUUUACCAAAAGUGUGUUGCAAAACUGACUCUGUCCAUUGCCUAGAUGACUAAAUGUAGAAAAGUUAAAAAAAUGGGUACUAAAACUCUAAAAGUGUUAUUGUCAUAAUAGUCAGAAACUAAAAGUGGAAAAAUUAUCAUCGUAAUAAAUGUUUUCCAAAAUAAAACUUUUUAAUUUGGGUGCGAUACAACUUUAUAAUCUUUUGAACUGACAUACUAAAAAAAUCAUUGGUUUGGCUAAAUCUAUACAGCUAUACUUAACUUGUUUCAAUAACUACUUUUGUCCUAAAUCAGAGCCCGUUUUAGAAACAUGUUCAGUUCUUGUAUAAUUUAGUUAAACCAACAAAUCAAUUGGAAAAUUAUAGAUUUUAAUGUUUUCAGGAUUGUGACUGCUUUUAUUUUGGAAACAAAAUCAGGGCAUACGUGCACAUGUUGAUCUCAUGAAGUUUGAAGAUGGAAUUGCCAUUGUCUCCCUGGAGUCUUCAUGCGUGAUGCAUUUUGGAAGAGCAGAAAGUGAAGACGUUUAUAGUUUGGCGGAGGAUGAUAGUGGUGGGAAGGUGCCAGUGCUUUUAAACCCGGGUUCACUGGCCUUAAUGUGGGGAGAAGCUCGAUACCUUUGGAAGCAUGAGAUCAACCGCAUGCAGCAGACUGCUGGGGGGUUUCAAGAAUGGCAGGGCAGGGUAAUCACCCAGAAAAGAAGAACAUCUGUCACCUUGAGAAAGCUUUGCCUGCCAGAUUGAGUUAGAGUAGAGGACUAGACCUUCCUCAAGCGUCUUUUUCAGUGGCUCUGUCUCUGUGUACCUCAUGUGAAGAUCCAAGAGUGCAGAGCCCUAACAUGUUGUAGCUUUACCCUUAGAAAGUGUUUGACUGGGAGUGUAUAUCCAAUGAGGAUGAACUCGACCGAAUAUUUUAAAAUUGUGACAUACGUAGUAUUUAUGCAGUUGCUGAAUCAAUGUGCAAAAAAAAAUCAAGUGUAUGUAUUGAUAAUAGUGAGAACUGAGAAGGCGAAAAUUGUACCUUGGAUGAUAGGUUAGAGAACAAAUGUAGCCAUCAAUUUUCUUUAGGAACAAUUAAAUACAGUAAUUAUACAGUUAGAACAAA